AUGGUGGUGGAUGAUGGGGGUGGUUUGGUGGGGGCAUUUGACAGGAAAAUAUGUGGGGUUUGGGGUGCGUUGGGGGCAAGGGCUGGAGUUGAUUGGAGAGGGGGUGGGUGUGUGGACGUAUGGGUGGGUGAGGGGGGGGGGGGGUGGGUGGCCGGGGCGUGUGUAUGGGCGGAUGGUUGGCGGGCGUGUGGGACAGUGGGGGAGGGGCGAGGGUGGAUAGGACCAGUGAGGGCUAGGAGGGGAUGGGUGGGGGCAGGGUGGUAUAGGGGUUGGGGGGAAAUUGAAGAGGCAAGGAGGGUGUGGUCUGGUUGUGGUGGUGUGGGGUGUAAGUGGGUGGAGGGUAGAAGAAAGGCAGGGGUGAUGGGUGGGGAUCGUUGUCUUGAUGAGCGUGGGUUGAGGGGGUGUAGGGGGGGGUGCGGUUUGGGUGAGAAUGGAGUGGGAUGGGGGGGAAGGAGGUUGGGAUGUGGUGGGGCUUGGAAGGGGGGGUGUGGGGGGGUGUUGUUGUUGGUGGGUGGGGUUGGGGAGGUGUGGGUUGAUCACGGGGGUUUGCUGGUGGGAUAA